AGCAGAGGCAAAAUGAAGAAAUGUAAGAGAUAGUAAGGUGGCUGAAGGGCGGAGGUGAUAACUCUGUUUUGCUGGGGUAAUCAGAAACAGAGAAGAAGAAGAAGCAGUUCAGCACAGUUCUCAGAAGACACUGUUACACAUCUUUGUCAUAUUUUGGUGUUAAAUAUUUUGAGUUUUGUCUUCAAAGAGGAGGCUGAGAUGACUUUGGACCAUGACAGCAUGCCUGAUGCUUCAUCCAGGAAGGACAGACUCUUCAGACUGGUUGCUCUGAGCUUUGGACUCCUGUGUAUCCUACAAGCUGCUGCCAACAUUUCCCUGCGUCUUGCUCUCUAUGCAAAGAUGCCAGAUUAUGAGGCCAUUAUCAAAAAUCUGACUGAAGAGGGAGAAGAUUUGAAGAGGAAGAUGAUCACCUUUGAUAAUUACUCCCAACAAGGAUGGGUGUAUUUCUCCCACAGUUUUUAUUACAUUUCUUCUAUUAACAAGUCCUGGCAAGACAGUAGAGACGACUGUCUGCAAAGAGGUGCAGACCUGAUCAUUAUCAACAGCAGAGAAGAACAGGAAUUUGCAAGAAAGUUCAAAGGGCUCAGGUGGAUUGGACUGACUGACAGUGAGACAGAGGGGACAUGGACAUGGGUGGAUGGGACUACACUGAACACAAGCUACUGGAACGCUGGGGAGCCCAACAGCUAUCAAGGCAUUGAUGAAGACUGUGGAGAAAUAAGGCUUUAUGACAGGGAAUACAACUGGAAUGAUUCACCAUGUAAAAAGCUAAACUUCUGGAUCUGUGAGAAGGUGGUGGCUCCAUGACUCAGCAUCCAAAUCUGCCCUAGACUGGCAAUCGAUAAGCUGCAGGGGAAGCAUCUCAUCGUCAUGUACGAACACCUACAUGUCACCACAGGAAAAACACAGGUGUCAAUAAUAAAAUGAAUGAUGGCUAAAGUCCAUGUAACUGCUUCACUUUCAGGGUCCUGGUGUGUUGGCUCACUGUCACAGUGUCACCAUUUGUUGGGACACUUGAAUAGAACAGAGCCAUUCGUGUUACACCGUGCUUUCCUGACAAGUCAAAAUGUCUGCUAUUGUUCAAAAAAUUAGUGAAGACAGAAAUAUAUCAUUAAUUUAUUGAUCGAUUCAUUACUAAAUUAAUUAUUUUGUCAGUAGUCAUCAUUAUCAUCUUUAUAUAACACCUGAUUAUAUUGCAAUCGUCACAGUUUCAACUCUGCAAUCACUUCUGACAUCAUCAGGUCUUCAAAGUGUAUAUAAUCACAUCAGAGUGCAGAUACUUUUCAUUUGGUUACUUGUCUAACCUUCCGUAGAUGCUUUAAUGACUCAUCAGCAGUGUCAAGAGGAGCUUUUGUAAAUCUAUGAUUGCUUUACUCACUGCUUUGUGUACAGCACAACACAUUGUGUAUUUAUGAAUAAAUUGGAUCCAUUUUAUGAUAGGUUAGAAGUUGAUUUUGCAUUUUAACGGGGCCAUCGUACAUUCAUUUGCAUAUGUGACAUGCUGUAAACCCAGAUUUAUAUUAUAAUUGGCUAUUUCAGGAUAUUCAGAAAAUAAAUCAAAACCUGUUUAUCCUGAAAUCGCCAAUUUUGCUUUAUUAUAAGCUUUGAAGCAUCAGCUACUAAAACAAUGUAGAUAUUGGAUUUCUGAGCUAUGCACAGUUUGCAAAAUUGUUUUAAAUACUGUCACUCCACUGUUACAACUGUGUACUCCACUGUUCCCAGUGUACAGACAUAGUUGUCACAUAUGCCAGGGAUGGUUGUAACAUGCCUAUAAAUAUACAUAAUUAAUCAAACAAAUACUCACAAUGAAAAGAUUAUUUAUCGUUCACGUUACUGUGACUAUUCAUUCAUUGGUCACAAAAUAAAUGACAACACACAGAUGUAGCUUACAUGAUACAAAGUAGCUGGUCUGUGUUAAAGUGUAGACCUAGCUUACACUAAGUAGCAAGCUUGUGCGCAGGAGUGUAAUGUGUGUUGCUUGGCAACAGUACUGUUCCAGUUGCUGGACUAUGUGUGUUGGUGGAGCUAAAUAUAUCAUUAAAUAAACAA